CAUCUCAUUUCGUACAUAGCUUGGCAUUGCGAUUUGGAGGAGCAAACCUUAAUAUCAGUCGUUUAAUAACGAUAAUAAUUAGUGAAGCCGUUACAGAUUGUCGAUGUGGAGAUAAAAAAUUAAGCAAUUAUAUUUAGGAAAUGUGGCAAAGAAACUAAGCUGUCGAAAUUAAAAAUUUCAUUUGUUAGGCAACCUUUUCACAAGACAUUCCGAAAUAUGGACGCGUUCGAGGAAUAAAGGAUCAAAUAUACUUUUUUUACAAAUAAGAAAACAAUUAAAGAUUUAUUAAUAAAAUGGCAGACGAUAUAAAAUCGCAACCACAGAAAAUUAUUGGCGAUACGAGUGGAACGAGUGGAAUUACUUUAGAAAACGUAGGAAACAAUCAAAUGAAUGAAAAAUUAAAGCCCGUAGAAAAUAAAAUUUCAUCGUUGGAAAUCGCAAAUGAAACAAAAUCAACUGAAUUAUUAGCAAAAGAAAAUCUUGAAAUUCAAAACGUUUCAGACGCUUUUGAAGAAAAGGAAAUGAAUAAAGAUUCAGCAGUGGAAAGUGCGACAGAAAUUAAAGAACUUGGAGAAAGUGUUCAAUCAUUUCUUGAUUCUGUUGGAAAAGAGUUCUCAAAAGACGACUAUUCUUCCGCAAUAGAAACCGAGCCAUCACUAGAUAAAAUAACAAAAGAAUUUAUGAGCGAAGAAUGUAAGCAAUCUAAUGCUCAAUUGAAUUUAGAUCAUCUAAUAUCUUCGAAACCACAAAUUUAUAGUGACUCGGAAUUACUCAAGGAAAGAGAAUUAAUGGAAAAUUUAGAAACGUGCGACAGCCAAGAAUCUACAAAGUUAAUUAUAGACGAAACUUCCAUUGAAGAAGAAAAUAAAUAUAAUAAAAAUGAUCAGCAAGAAACGGAAAUGAUCGCGAAUGAACAAAUCGAAAUGGUAUUGGAACAAAAUGCCAACAGUGUAGAUAAAACGAAAAGUGCGGAAAAUGCAGAAGAAUUGACAUUUUCCGGAGCAGACAAAGUAGUAGACGAAAUGGACAUGGAUGAAAAAGAUGAGGAUGUUUUACAUGUGGAAGGUCCAGCUGUGCCAAUCAUUGAAAUAGACGACGAUGAUGAACCAGUAGAGAAACCUCCAUAUCUUUCAGUACAAGAAAAGCAAAUCUCCGCUCUAACAAACAUGGAAACUUCUAAACCCGAAGAAGCAAUUGAACGCCAGGAUGUUGAGAUGAAAGAAUUGACUCCGGAAGUGACUACUGAAAUUGAUGGAAAAACAAACGAAAGCUUGCUGGAAAAAGCUGCAGAAAAGCAAUUUGUUGAGGUUGUAGCACAAUCAACGGAUGCUAACGGAAGUGAUAAUGGAAGCUGUGAGGUUUUUUACAACAAAGAAUGCAUUAACUAUGAAUGUCCGCACGAUCACAAGCAAUAUCUGCAGGCUCCUUUGUGGGCGCUUAGUUACUUUCAGGUUAAUAAAAAAAAAUUCAAAUCGCAAUACGUAUGUGUUGAGUGCUAUGACAAGUCUUUGGACAUGUAUGAGGAAUUCUCUGGUCUAUUAAAUGCUAAAUAUCCCUUACUUACAAAAGACAUACCCACGGGUCGCCAAGAAUUUGUGGAAAUUAUUGACAGCAGCGAUGAAGAGGAUACCACUGAGACGGCUAAAAGUGCGGAAGAAAAUUCAAAGCCUAGCUUUUCCAAAAGCGAUUUUUUUCUUAUCGAAAAUGAAUUAGAUAAGACUAUCAAAAACGUUUUAAAUAAAAUCGAUAUACAAAGUCAACUGACUUGGUCGAAAACUAUACUCACCCAACGUUUGAAGCACCUGGAAGUGGAAUGUUCGUGCAUAGAAAAGGACAUGCGAUUAUUGCAGAAGAAAGCCGAUAAAAUGCACGAAGCCCUAUAUCAAUGCCCUAAAAUUAAGCUAAGACAACUUCAACCGUUGGACUUAAAUAGCGGGUUGCCAUUCAGCGUUGUUGAUGCACCAGAAGUUCAGCAAAUACCACCUGUUGGCGAGGUUGAACGUAUUUCUAUACAACUUAACGGAACUUACUACGCAGUUAAAAAUAAUGCGAUUGCUAGGUGGGUACCAUGCAAAGUAACCGAACAAGUAGAUAGCAAUAUUCCAUCCCAGAAAAAUGCCAAGCAGUAUAAGAUAAAAUUCCUAAAAUCACAAUACCAAAUGUUGAAAACUGUCCCUGCUAAACAUUUGGCUUACUACGAACCUCCAGCAGUAAGGCUACCUACAGGAGCUCGUGUUAUUGCUUACUUUGAUGCUACUUCUUUGACUCGCGGUAAAGAAAAGGUUACCACUGUGCAAAGUGCUUUCUAUCCUGGUAUAAUUGCUGAACCUUUGAAACCAAAUAAUAAAUUUCGCUACUUGAUAUUUUACGACGACGGCUACACUCAAUAUGUGUAUCAUAAAGAUGUACGCUUAGUAUGCCAAGUGUCUGAAAACGUUUGGGAGGAUGUACAUCCAACUUCUAGAGAUUUCAUACAAAAAUAUCUUACACAAUAUUCUAUUAAUCGCCCUAUGGUCCAGACUCAGAAGGGCCAGUCCAUGAGUACCCAAUCAAAUGGAUAUUGGUUACAUGCUCGCGUUAUUGACAUUGACUGUAGCUUAGUGUUGAUGCAAUUCGAAGGUACGCGUAGUCAUACCGAAUGGAUAUAUCGAGGCUCUUUACGUUUAGGUCCGGUUUUUAAAGAGUAUCAAAAGUCACUGCAAAAACACACGAAUGUGCCUGUAUCCCGAUUACCAAGGCGUACCGAGCCAUUUAUACGUUAUACGCAAGAUGAGGACUCGUCGGCUCAACAGCAAACGGAAAAAGCACGAGCUGUUGCCCGUAAAUCUUUCGGUAGACCCGAGUCUAUCACUAGUUCGGUUCAAGGCCAAAUAACUCAGACGGCUUCGCAAAUGCCUGUUAAGCAUUUGAAUAAUUCCACCAUUUAUGUAGAAGAUGAAAAUAAGCCGAAAGGAAAGGUGGUUUAUUACACAGCCAAACGUAACUUACCACCGCGGAAAUUUGUGGUGCAUAAUUGCUCGCCUUCUUGCUUGAUUGAUAUAACUCACAAUUUGAGUGCUUACAGUCCGCUAUCGAAGCCAUUGCUUUCAGGCUGGGAACGUUUUAUUUUGCGGCAAAAGAUCAAGAAGGCAAUUGCUUAUAGAGCUCCAUGUGGAAAAAUUUUACGCAAUAUGAAGGAACUUCGUCAUUAUUUACGUCUUACUAACAACGUUUUGAAUGUAGACAAUUUUGAUUUUAGUCAUGAAACAAAUUGCUUGGCAGAGUAUGUCAUUGAGAGUGCUAUUGUUCAAAAGCGUGACAUUUCAGGGGGUCAAGAAAAGAUGGCUAUACCGUUGGUAAACUAUUAUGAUAACACUUUACCACCAGAAUGCAAAUACUCAGCUAAAGUUAUACCCACCGAGGGUGUACAUAUUAAUACUGAGAAAGAUUUUCUUGUGGGUUGCGAUUGUGACGAUGAUUGCUCGGAUAAAUCCAGGUGUUCUUGUUGGCAGUUGACAUUGGCUGGUGCUAAGUACGGUAAUGCGAAUACGCCAAGUAAUCAAGUGGGCUACCAAUAUAAAAGGUUGCUCGAACAUGUACCAACUGGCAUAUACGAAUGCAAUGCUCGCUGCAAGUGUAAAUCAAAUUGCUUGAACCGUGUAGUUCAGCAUUCUUUGCAGAUGAAAUUACAAGUAUUUAAAACUUCAAAUCGUGGUUGGGGUUUACGUUGCAUUAAUGAUAUACCACGUGGAAGUUUUGUUUGCAUCUAUGCAGGGCAUCUUCUUACCGAAGCCAAAGCCAAUGAGGGAGGUUUGGAUGCAGGCGAUGAAUAUUUUGCUGAAUUGGAUUAUAUUGAGGUAGCGGAACAAAUCAAAGAAGGCUAUGAAUCUGAAGUAGAGCCUCCAGAGCCGGAGGAUGAAGAACCGUAUAAUCCCGAGCAAGAAGAUGAUGACGAAUUCACGCCGAGCAAAUCGUACAUGUCACGUUCUAAGGCUAAGAUGAAAAACGCGCGUUCUAAUAGUCAACAAUUUGAAGAUGAGUUCCAAGAACGUCAAGUGAUUAGUUUCAAUCCGAACGCCGAUAUCAAUGAAGAUUCCGGAAGGGAAUCGUCUAUUCGUAAACUUUUCGGUAAGGAUGAAGCUUGUUAUGUAAUGGAUGCUAAAAUCACUGGCAAUUUAGGGCGAUAUUUCAAUCAUUCUUGUUCGCCGAAUUUGUUUGUGCAAAACGUUUUCGUCGAUACCCAUGAUCUACGUUUUCCUUGGGUAGCAUUUUUUGCCUCAUGCCAUAUACGUGCCGGCACUGAACUGACUUGGAAUUAUAAUUAUGAAGUUGGCGUGGUACCCGGCAAAGUUUUAUAUUGCCAAUGCGGAGCACCAAAUUGUCGCUUGCGUUUAUUAUAAACUGUAUUUAUUUUUUUUUUAAUUACUUUCUCUUUAAAUUUACUCUUAGUAAUUUUGAAUUAAACUUAGAGUUGGAAAUAAUGACUAUAUUUUUGGGAAAUGUGUCCCGCUUAAACUA